ACGCGUGUGAGCUUUGUAACAAAGAGAGGUGGAAUCACAAAACACGGCUUUGUGUUCGAUUCCCAACAUGCAGAAAAAUCCGCUUGCAGUCUUUCUUCUUUGAUUCUCAUUUUAUCGGAUACUUUUUCCCCCCUUGUGUUUCUCCCUGACGAUGUUCAAACCGGGAUGGACGAGCUUUUUGUGGAUAUAUUUGAUGGCUGUUCUGCUGCAUUGUGGUCGGAAGGCUGUGGUUGCUCAGCUCUCUUAUUCUGUUGCGGAGGAGACAAAUGUUGGAACCGUUGUUGGAAAUAUCGCUAGAGACCUCAGCAUCAGUGUGCAGGAUUUGGGAACUCGUGAGUUUCAAAUCGUUGCUGGAUCGAGGAGGAAAUAUUUUGAGGUAAAUCAAAAGACCGGUGCUCUCUACGUGAAUGAGAGAAUCGAUCGAGAGGAGCUUUGCGCAGACGAGGUCUCGUGUUCGCUUAGCCUGGAGGCGGUAAUAAAUAACCCCUUAAAACUAUAUCGCAUCGAAAUUACUAUAUUGGAUGUAAAUGAUAAUUCCCCGCUAUUUGUCACCCGCUCGCAGACGAUUAACAUAACGGAGAAUACCGCUGCAGGAACGAGAUUUCUUCUGAAACGAGCUCAGGAUGCAGAUGUUGGAAAAAAUUCUGUAAAUUCAUAUAAAAUCAGUCAAAACGAGUAUUUUUCUCUUUCGUUACAUAAAGGAGAAAGCGUAACUGCAGAGUUAGUGUUGCAGAAAGUUUUAGACAGAGAAAAAAAGUCGCUUAUUCCUCUGAUACUAACAGCCGUGGACGGAGGGACACCACCUAGAUCAGGCAGCAUGACAAUAACUAUUAACGUUUUGGAUGUCAACGACAAUCCUCCUCUUUUUAGUCAAAAUCUUUACAAAGCCAGAGUGUACGAGAACGCUGAGAUAGGGACGUCGAUAAUAACACUGAAUGCGACAGAUUUGGAUGAAGGUCAGAACGCGCAAGUGUCUUUUUCUUUCCUUGAAAUAGAUCAGGAGAAACAAAAAGAUUUGUUCAGUAUUGAUCCAAAAACAGGCACAGUAACGAAUGUAAAGAACAUUGACUGUGAAGAAAAAAAUACGUAUGAGAUUCGAGUUCAAGCCAGUGACGGAGCUUCUUCUCCUCUGACUUCUCAUUCAAAACUAUUAAUAGAAGUUGUAGAUGUUAAUGACAAUGCUCCAGAAAUUUCUGUCACUUCACUUUUAAACUCUGUCAAAGAGGAUGUAAGCAUUGGUACUGCUAUUGCUCUCGUGUCAGUGUUUGACAAAGAUAGUGGAAAAAACGGGGUGAUCACUUGUAAAAUCUCCAACGACGUCCCUUUUAAAUUAGAAAACAAUUAUAAAAACUACUACUCCUUAGUCGUGGACGGUGAGCUCGACAGAGAGACCGCUCCUCAAUACAAUAUAAGCAUCACUGCUGCAGAUGAAGGGAGACCUCCUCUGUCCAGCACGAGUGUGAUUCAUGUUCAAGUUUCAGACAUAAACGACAACAGACCUCUGUUUACAGAAAACACGAUAAACAUAUUUAUGAAGGAAAACAGUCCAUCAGGAACUGUUUUAAAAACUGUGUCAGCAGUUGAUGCAGACAUUGAUCAAAAUGGACGAGUGACCUAUUCUCUUUUACAUGACAACAGUAACUCAAUGCCACUGUCGACUAUGAUAAAUAUCAGGUCAGAAACAGGAGAAAUAACCAGCCUUCAGUCUUUUGAUUAUGAGAAGCUGAAAACGUUCCAGUUCAAAGUUCAGGCCACAGACUCUGGUGUUCCUCCACUCAGCAGCAACGUGACUGUGAACGUUUUUGUUCUGGAUGAAAAUGACAACAGUCCCUCCAUUCUUGCUCCUUACUCUGAGCACGGCUCCGUUAACAGCGAGAACAUCCCAUAUUCUGCUGAAGCGGGAUACUUUGUGGCAAAGAUCAGGGCUGUGGACGCAGACUCUGGAUACAAUGCUCUGCUUUCUUAUCACCUGUCUGAGCCCAAAGGAAACAACCUGUUCCGGAUCGGAACCAGCAGCGGGGAGAUCAGGACUAAGAGGAGAAUGAGCGACAAUGACCUGAAAAGUCACCCCUUGCUGGUGCUGGUUUGUGAUCAUGGAGAACCUUCUCUGUCAGCUACUGUGUCCAUUGAGGUGGUGGUUCUGGAAAGCAGCGCUGACAUGCAGACUCCGUUCAGACACGUGCCUCUAAAGGAGGACAGCUUCUCGGAUUUGAACCUGUACCUGCUGAUCGCCAUAGUGUCGGUGUCCGUCAUCUUUCUGCUGAGUCUCAUCAGUUUGAUGGCUGUCAGAUGCCACAGGACAGACGCAAGUUUCAGCAGGUACAGCGCUCCAAUGAUCACCACCCACCCUGACGGGAGCUGGUCUUACUCCAAAGCUACUCAGCAGUACGACGUGUGUUUCAGUUCGGAUACUCUCAAGAGUGACGUGGUGGUUUUCCCCGCACCGUUUCCUCCUGUAGAUGCAGAACUGAUCAGUAUAAACGGAGCCGACACUUUUACCAGAACUCAGACUUUACCCAACUCAGAGAAGGUAAGAUGAUAUAUUUUAGUCUAAAAUUACACUAUGAAACAUUGCAAUUCUUUUUCGGUUUUUGCAUAUUUCCUGCUUUUAUGAUGUUUUUUUUAGUAGUGUACUGUGGGCGUGAUUGAAUGAUUAUUUUAUAUACUGCUGUUCGAUAAGAAGUCGUUAAUUUUACUGAGAUAUGAGCAUUUAUUGCAAAACUCUUAUUUUUAUACCGUUAUCGGACCCCCAAUUUUUUUGACUUAUUGCUUAUUCUUAUUUGGUUUCUGUUCAUCAGCAUGUAAGACAGUUUUUUUUAGCACCUUCCGUCUCAGUGUUAUUCAUAAAAUAUUGUUAUAGCAUUUGACCUCAUAUUGCAUAGAUUCUUUUUCUUCUAUUUGUUUUGUAAACUUCCACAUUUUUGGGUUCCACUUAAUGGAAACUGAAACAAAUUGUUCAGUUAAAUAAUCUUCUUGCAAGAUAAAAAAAGCAUAUUUUUUUAUCUUUGAUAUUUUUUCUGUCUUUGUAAUCAAAUAUAAGCUAUAUGAAAAAUAUAUUUUCAAAGAGAACUGUCAAAG